AUGGACAAGAAAGGCCAGCAUGCUACACACGACUCCUUGCUGACUCACCACCCGAUUCUCUGUAUCAUUGCUUUGUCUGUGAUUUUCAUAGCGAUCGACCCCUUUCACAUGAGUCCAAUCGGGGGUCGUGAGUUCAAACCUGUCAAGCAUGUGGUUGCUCCAUACAAGCAAGUCAUGGAAAACUGGCCAAGAGACAACCUUAGUCGACUGGGACAUCAUGGGAAAUUGGAGUUUGUGGACCAAGUCUUUGGUCCUGAGUCAUUAGAGUUUGAUAGUUUAGGUCGUGGUCCAUACACAGGGCUGGCUGAUGGAAGGGUGGUUAGAUGGAUGGGUGAAUCAAUCGGAUGGGAGACAUUUUCUGUUGUGACAUCAAAAUGGUCGGAGAAGGCUUGCGCAAGAGGUGUGGAUUCAACAACAAACAAGCAAUGGAAGCACGAGAAGCUCUGUGGGCGACCUCUUGGUCUGAGAUUUGACAAAAAGACCGGGAAUUUGUACAUUGCAGACGCUUACUAUGGUCUGCUAGUGGUUGGUCCUGAAGGAGGUGUCGCUACGCCUUUAGCUACACAUGUGGAAGGAAAGCCUAUACUCUUUGCCAACGAUCUUGACAUCCAUAGAAACGGCUCCAUCUUCUUCACUGACACAAGCACAAGAUAUGACAGAGCGAAUCAUUUCUUCAUAUUACUGGAAGGAGAAUCAACAGGAAGGCUUCUAAGAUAUGACCCACCUACCAAAACAACGCAUAUUGUGCUGGAUGGUUUGGCUUUUCCCAAUGGCAUUCAGCUCUCUAAAGACCAGUCUUUCCUUCUCUUCACCGAAACAACCAAUUGCAGGUUAGUGAAAUACUGGCUGGAGGGUUCGAAGACUGGUGAAGUCGAAGUGGUGGCGGAUCUACCGGGAUUCCCAGACAAUGUGAGAAUGAACGAGAAGGGUGAUUUUUGGGUUGCAAUAGACUGUUGCAGAACACCAGCACAGGAGGUUCUUACAAACAACCCUUGGAUAAAGAGCAUCUACUUCAGGUUGCCGAUACCGAUGAAGCUGCUGGCGAAAGCGAUGGGGAUGAGAAUGUACACUGUAAUAUCGAGAUUCGACGAGGAGGGUAAGAUCUUGGAGGUGCUUGAGGAUAGACAAGGUAAGGUCAUGAAGCUUGUGAGUGAAGUGAAGGAGGUUGAAGGGAAGCUUUGGAUUGGGACAGUGGCACAUAACCACAUUGCCUCUUUGCCUUACCCUUUAGCAGUGAAUUAA